AUGAUGGCGCUCCCUGCGGACCCCCGGUGGAUGAUGCAUGCUCAUCAUUCAGCUUUAAUGGGUACCUCAGAUUCGGUGUCUCCGCACGCUGGUUUAGGACAUCAUAGUUCGGGAUAUAUGGAGCCAGGUACCCCAUUAUUGCCACCAGACGAGGUGGAUGUAUUUCUCAGUCAUUUGGACUCUCAAGGAAACCCCUAUUAUCACACACACGGGUCCAAUUCUCAUACUCGUGCACGAAUGUCUUACAGUCAAACGCAUGCACGGUUUACGGGUGGCUCAAUGUGUCGACCUCACCUUAUUCACACUCAAAGUCUUUCUAUACUGGACAACAGCAAAUCGACUUUACCGGCGACCCAGCACCACGGCACAUGGACCGUCAGCCACCUGGGCAAAGCGGUUCUACAUUCAGCAGGCGCCGAAAGCUCUAACAGCCUGUACACGGGCACCGGUACGCAUGGCCCAGGUUCGAUGCCGUGCCUGUCAAUGACGCAACACUGCAGCCCUCAACUCUACUGCCUGCCCCCUACUCCACCCAAAGAUGCGUCCCCUGACCCUGCUUGUGCUGUGGUGAGGGACGCUGGGAAGUACCAUCUCCAUUUUGUCGACGGGAUGAAGAUGGAGUGCUCCAGUCCAAUCCGUGGCAAUCUGGCACAAACUACAGCUCAUGUACCUUCAUAUUCUGAGUACGCACUAUCUGGAGCGCACGAGUACCCAGGCAGUGUGUUUCAUUCCAGAAGUCUGCUUGGGAGCAGCGCGAGCAACAUGACGUCAAAAUGCAAAAGCAAAAGCCGCGCUUUCUCAGGGCGUGAAUGUGUGAACUGUGGAGCUACAUCAACUCCUCUGUGGCGGAGAGAUGGAACAGGUCAUUAUCUGUGUAAUGCAUGUGGACUCUAUCACAAAAUGAACGGCCAGAACCGACCACUCAUCAGACCCAAGCGCCGACUGUCAGCAUCUAGACGAGCAGGCACCUGUUGUGCCAACUGCCAGACAGGGACCACCACACUUUGGAGACGUAAUGCCAAUGGAGAACCUGUCUGUAAUGCCUGUGGUCUAUACUACAAACUACACAAUGUGAACCGUCCACUUACUAUGAAGAAAGAUGGGAUACAGACACGCAAUAGGAAAAUGUCAGGCAAACCUAAGAAGAGGAGAGGAGAACAUUUUCAGCAAUUUGACAGUUGUGUGCAUGAGAAAGCAUCCACCUUCAGCCACAUGGCCAACAUGCCCCACCCCUUCAAUAUGACCCAACCAAUCCAAUUACAUCCCGCAUUCAAUCACAGCAGCUUAGUCACUGCUAUAGGCUAG